CACACAUUGUCUGAUUGACUUGCCUUACUUGUACAAUGUCAUCGUUAACAUCGCUUAGUGUCAAUAAAAAUAGUACACGAUUCGCACCUACAGUUAGAGGCCGUGCUCGACGUCCUCCUGCUCGGCGGCCGUCCUCCGUUGCCAGCGACAAAAAGCCGCCAGAAACACCUGAAUCGGAACAGCCAGCAGAAGAAGCGGCGGCUGUGAAGAAAACAUCGCAAACCACCCCAUCAUCGGAGCUCAAUUCCACUCCGCGACGUCCUUCGAUCAUUAUGCCUGCACCGCUUCCGGGCCAUCCCCUCAGCGUUCCUACCAUUUCAUCGUCACCCGUGGUUGCAGAAAGCAGCACCUCAAGAUCCGUGUCUCGUCAACCCGUCGUCAUUCCAGCACCCGAUCACGAAUCGCAAGAUGUAUCAGUACCUUCUACAAAAUCAGCAGCAUCCAAAGGCAAAGGUCGAGGUGCAGCGAUAAGCAUUCCCUCCAUUGCAUCGGGCUCUCCAAGCGCAACUGAUCAAGCGGCGGAAAGAAGGGCAAGUAUAGCAGUGUCGCUGUCAGGAGAAUCAUCAAAGUCACCGAGGACAUCACGACGACGUAGCAAGGCAAAAAGAGGCGUAUCAAUCGACACACCUGCUGCAGCUUCGCGCGGAUCUGCGAAAAAGCGCAAGGCUCAAGCGAUUUCUAUCGGCGAACCUACGGUGGAGCCGUCCGAUGACGAAGAAGAGGAAGUCGAAGGCCGUGGCCGAAGGAAAAAGGGACGAUUUCAGAAGCAGGAGGUGGAGGACAUGCUUACGAUUGAUGAAAUUGAUUUUGAUCCUGCCGUACCCGACUACCUGGAUAAGCCCAUGAGCUACUUUAUCCGUGAUAUCCAGAAAGGCAUUGUUUCCAAAGCGUUCAAGGAGUCGGAAUUGGAAAAGGAACGCAAGCGAAAAGCGGAGCAAGAAAAGGCCAAGAUGAGCAAAGAAGAACGAGAAUUAGCCACACUAAGAGAACAACAAGAAGAAGAGGAAAAGAAAAGAGUUGAAGCAGCAAAACGAGAAGAAGCGCGAUUAAAACGGGAAAAGGAACAAGAAGCCGGUUUAAAGGAAUCAUCGCAUGCACUUCAGGUGCGACUGGUGAACGGAAAGAUUGUAUUGGAUGCUGAUUCACUUACGGUGGAUACCUCGGCGCCGGCAGAGGAGGUUUCCUACGAAGCCAUGGAGGUGGUAGAAGAAACCGGUAUGACAAGAAAAGUUAAUAGCCGUACGUAUGGCAAGCAUGUACAAAGCCCCCGAUGGUCAGCGGACGAAACCGAGCGUUUCUACGAUGUCUUGGCUCAAUGUGGUACUGAUUUCGAAACAAUGUCUAUCCUUAUCCCCAAUCGAACACGAAAUCAAGUCCGAAUGAAAUUCAACCGCGAGGAAAGAGCUCAUCCCGAGAAAGUAAAAGAUAUUUUGUAUCGAAAAAGAAAGCCUCUAGAUCUUGCCAAAUUCAAGGAAAUGGCGAAUAUUGAGGAGCUUGAGACGGUGCCUGACGACUUUCACACAAUGCAACUGGCAUGAACGAACGGCGUUGAGAGAUUUUGUUUUCCAUUGUACAUACUUUAACCUCACUGGUGGCUGCCACUUCCCAUUCAUUCCUUCAUUUUCCCAUAAAAAAGCAUUUAAUACAUGAGCAUAAAAGGCUAAGAG